GGGCUGCAACAAAAACUCCCUCAUUCAUUCAGUGAGUGAGAGUCCCUCUGUCUUCCUCUCACUGUCUCUCUCUAGACUUACAUACGCUGCUGAAACAGAUACUCCUAUAUUGCACUGUUUUUUCCUGCAUGGGAAUGAGAUUUUGGUGAUUGUAUUUGUAUCAUUGUUAGAUUUGGGGAAAAUUUGCUACUUUUGAACAAUCUUACCGGCAGAUCUUGAGAUUUUGCAGCAUUUGGAUAUGGAUAAGCUGCAGUGGGGGAAGAGGAAGAGGAUGAGGUGUGUGAAAGUUAAGGACUCUCCUUUGAGCGGAAAAUCAGACAGCGGCGGCGGCGGCGCUGUGGUGAAGAAGAAAAUCACUUCUAGAGUUGUGGAUAAUAAUUGCAGUAAAGAUGGGAGUGUUCUUCCAUCCCCACAUCGUUCAACCAGGGACUUAGGUGUGAGUCGAUCUAUAGCAAAUGACACCCGAAAAGCUUUGGCAUCCCUUUCGCCCGAGAAGGAAGACAGGUACUACACAACAAGGGGGUCUGGUGGAUUUGAUGAUGCUACCAAGGCAUUGUUCGUGGAUCCAAAGGAGGAAAACAGGAAAGUCGUUUGGCCAAAGCUGCUGAUUGCACUGUCGAGUAAAGAGAAGGAGGAAGAUUUUAUGGCAAUGAAGGGUUGCAAACCGCCUCAAAGGCCCAAGAAAAGGGCUAAGUUGAUCCAAAGAACCAUUUUAUUGGUGAGCCCGGGAGCGUGGUUAACAGACUUGUGCCAGGAGAGGUAUGAAGUGAGAGAGAAGAAGACUUCUAAGAAGAAACCAAGAGGUUUGAAAGGUAUGGGAACUGUGGAGAGUGAUUCAGAGUAAGGGGAUUUUUGGAUUAAUUUUUUUGAGAAUGCAGACAGAUUAAAAGCCAGAUGAUAUAGAUGAAUGUAAGGUUUUGGUAGGGAAGAAGAAGAAGAAGAAGAAGGCUUCAAACGCCUACACACUUUGUUGUGGCGAUUGUAUCUCUGCUUGUACUGCUCACACGAGCAAGACAGACAACAUCUUAUUUUUGGUAUAAAUUUUACGCUUUCUUGCUCAUGAA